AUGCCGGAUGCGGUAUUACUGGAGGUGGUUGCUGCUGCAACGGCGGAUGGAUCGGUGGUGGGUAUUGCUGUGGUGGAUACUGAGGCUGCGCCUGGGGAUGUGGUGGCGGGGGUGUGGGUGAAUGAGGGUGAGGAGCUGGGUAUUGGGGGUGUGCAUAGUGUGGAUGUGCUGGUGGUGCAUGCACCGGCGGGGGAUAUGCUGUUCCUGGUGGUGGAUGUACAUGCGGCGGAUGUGGCGGUGGUGGCCAGGCAGGAUGGGGAUGCAGGAUCGGUGGACCUCUCGCAGGAGCCGGAGGAUCCGUGGCUGCUUCUCGCUCCGACGACCUUUGCCACAGCAAACGAGUCGACAGCCUGUGACAUGGUGAAGCCACUGCUAACACUGCUGUUCCAGGUGUCAGUCAUGAAUCCUUGGCAGAAAACGAGCUGCAAUCGAAUGCUGCUUUUUGAGCUGUUGGGACCGCCCGAGUUUAAGCUAGUUGGAUUAG